AUGAAUCCAGACGUUACGAAGGCAAAAGAAGACGGCUCGAGUAGUGUAGUAGGAGAUGAAGCAAACCCAAGGAUUAUCGAGAAACCUGUCGGCCUCCCAGGAACCGACCAAAGUCCCAGAGAUGCAAAUGAAAGCGAAGACAAUGUCAGUGGAAAUGGAAAAGGGGAAGAGGAAGAAUCAAGUAAGAAAAAUGAAGGGGAGGAAUCAAGAGAAGUAGACGAAGGAGAAAAAGAGAAGGAAGUUGUAGAUGACGAAGAAAAGGGCAUGCUACCGAAACUACACUUUCCUUCAAGCCAAUAUCAAAAGUCUUUAAAGCUUUCAGGAAAAUGUUACAUUGACUCGGCGAUAAGAACUAUUCAAACGAUCCUGAAAGCGAAGGAGGUGGAAUGGUUCAUAGAGCACCCACAAUUCCAGCAUUUCUUCCAUAUUAAAAACCGAAAGCAGAAGUGGAUGGGAAUGUGGGUUCUCGUUUUGCGAUCAGCUUGUGUUGCGAAGAAGCAUGAGUUAUGGUUUGUCGUUAAUGGCGUCGCAAUCCGAUAUUCUCUCAGAGAAUUAGGACUCAUUUCUGGACUAUACUGCCAUGAGUAUCCCCCCAACCAUGAGAGGUUGGGUGGUACAACAUUCAUGAACAAGUAUUUUGGAGGAAAAAGGGUAACAUACGCUGACCUGGAGAAGCAGAUGUUGGCGAUGAAAUCAAAGCCAUCUGAGGAUCGUAAGAAGAUGGCCGUUCUGUUCUUCUUAGCCAGCAUCCUUGUCGGAGGCCGAAAGAGUGGUGAGGGAGCAUCACCUGUGGACAGUUUCUUCCUGAGUGUUGUUGAUGACCUAGAUGCGUGUGUAACGUUCCCUUGGGGGCGGUAUGCAUUCGAACAUAACUUGAAGGAUGUCUCUACCUUUUUGGAAAAAUGCGACGGGCUUGCGCCGACGAGUUGGGUUUUUACAAGCUUUCCUAUCCCUCUGGAGUUGUUGGCCUUUGAGGCAAUUCCAAGCUUGAGGAACCAUUUCCGAGAAGAUGUGAAUGGUGCAAAUAGUAGUUGCCCGCGGAUGUGCAAGAUGCAGUACAAUCGGAAAAGUGGAACCAAGGAAUUCAGUCUGAAAGCUGUGAACGAUAAACUUGGUAAUAAUACAAAGGAUAUUGAGAGUAUCUUGGUAGCAACAGCAGCUGAGGAGGAACUUCUGGAAACCAUAGGAAUGGACAAGGAGAGUUGUUGGGCCGAUGACGCCGAUGAUGCAGCAGUUGAUGGUUGGACGAAGAUAAUACGGAAAGGGAAGAAACAAGUUUUCUUUGAAGAACAGUUCCGCAUGGAUUUAGAGUCUCGCACAGGUCAGAUUGAAGGUCCCACCAAUCCUAUCGGAGGACCAUCGAAUAAUGCACAAUCUGGUCAGGCUAAUGCUGAUUCGGUGGAGGUUAGUGGAACUACUCCUGGAGCUGAGGCUUUAAAAGCUAUGGAAGGUCGGCUUAUGAAUGCAGUCAGAGAUGCAGUUCGAGAUGCUAUGAAGGGAGUGAAUGAAAAAGUCACUUUAUUGUCUACGCAGCUAGGUCUGCUAGAAGAGGAAGUGAAAAGUCUUAGGUUGAGUGUUCCCGGAAGUGACAAUCCGGCGGUCCAAGAUGAUGGUGAUGGUGAGUCGGAAGAAGAGGAUGGUAGUGACAAUAACGAGCCGGAGGAAGAGGAUGGUGGUGACAAUAACGAGCCGGAGGAAGAGGAUGGUGGUGACAAUAACGAGCCGGAGGAAGAGGACAAUAAUGUUGAAGAUGCCAUUCUCGAAAUUUCAAAGGAUGUACAGAGGGAAUAUGGUGAUGUUGACUUGGAUGAUGAUGAUGCGGAGAUGUAUGCACAUGCUGCGGAGGUCGAAAAAAAAUUAAUGUCUGUAAACACGAAAAAAAAGAGGUCGAGAAAAGAUGAUGGGAAAGAAACAGUUCCUGUGAAAAAGGUUAAGUUGGUUGGUGAAACUGUGAGGAGUCCCAUUCAGCUAAGAAGCAAGGCAGCAGCGAAGGAGACAGAAGCUGAGAAGGAGGCAGCAGCUAAGGCAGCAGGUAAGAAGAAGGCAGCAGCUAAGAAGAAGGCAGCAGCUAAGGCAGCAGGUAAGAAGAAGACAGCAGGUAAGAAGAAGGCGGCGGCUAAGAAGAAGCCGAAGACAAAAAAAAAGUAG